AUGUCGUCGACGGCGGCGGCGGGGAUCAUGACCCCGGUCACGGGCGCCAAGAAGAGGACUUGCUACUUCUUUGACUCGGGUGGGUCUCGUCCAUCGGUUACGGAUCUCCAUUGCUCGUGGACUGACUCCCUUGUUGCUUUGUCCAGACAUUGGAAACUAUCGUUCGUUGCCGUCACCACUCCCCUGCUUGCUGUGCCGGCCACAGUAGCCCCGGCAUGAGCAAGCAGGCCCUAUCCUCCCACACCAGGCUGAUCUCCUUGUCACCCAUCACCCGAACAGACUAUGGUCCUUCACAUCCGAUGAAGCCGCAUCGGUAAGCGCCCGACCAAUCCCCCGGCUUGCGAAACGAGCUCCACCUCACCAACUGCCUGACUGACCGAUCGCCGUGCCGACCCAUGACAGUAUUCGCAUGACCCACUCGCUCGUCAUGAACUAUGGCCUGUACAAGAAGAUGGAGAUUUUCGUCCGUUGCUCGUCACACCGCCGUCGAACUAUCAAGUACUAAUCAGCUCCUUCCUCUCCACACCGCCACCACCACGACCACCACCACCACCAUCACCCCCAAUUCCAACCCACCUCCACAGCGAGCCAAACCCGCCACACGGAAAGAGAUGGCUCAAUUUCACACGGACGAAUACGUCGACUUCUUGUCGCGCGUCACACCCGAUUUGGUCGAACAAGCCGCCGAAGGGAUGGGCGUCACCGGCGCGGGAACGGGAGCGGCGAGGGCGGGGGGAAUAAGUCGUGAGAUGGGAAAAUGUGCGUCCUCCUACUCAGAGUGAUGGGAUUAUGUAGGGGACUGAUACUGAUGAGAUGAGGUGGCCCUCUUUCUGGACCCCCUUACAGUCAACGUCGGUGACGAUUGUCCCGUCUUUGAUGGCCUGUUCGAGUAUUGCUCCAUCUCGGCUGGAGGUUCGAUGGGUACGUCGUACGCCCUACUUCUGGCAUCGAAAUGCCUACUGAUGAACCGUGUGGAUGGGUGUUGCAGAGGGAGCUGCUCGACUGUCGAGGGACAAGUGCGACAUUGCGAUCAAUUGGGCCGGAGGUCUGCAUCACGCCAAAAAGGCCGAAGCAUCGGGUUUCUGCUACAUCAAUGGUCAGUACAAGAUUUUCAAUGCUGCGUUUCAUAUCAAACUAGCAGAACGGGGUGCCUGCAAGAUGUCGCUGGUAGAGAGGAGAGAACUGACCGCUCUUCGCCAUUCCAUCACAAUCCGCAUAGACAUCGUCCUCGGUAUCCUCGAACUCUUACGCUACCACCCCCGCGUCCUCUACGUCGACAUUGACGUUCACCACGGCGAUGGUGUCGAGGAAGCCUUCUACACGACCGACCGCGUCAUGACGUGCUCGUUCCACAAGUACGGCGAGUUCUUCCCUGGUACGGGCGAUAUCAAGGAUAUUGGCUACGGUAAAGGACGUAAUUACUCCGUCAACUUUCCCUUGAGGGACGGUAUCACCGAUGAGGCGUACAAGAGUGUAUUUGAGCCGGUGAGUCGACCUACUGCCUCCUUACUGGACUCGAGUCUGCUAACAAUCUGUCUUCGCAUGAGCGGCGCGAGCUGACGCCUUGGUCCUUGCCACUUGGGCUCCUUCCUCUUCUUUCUCUGUCCGCUCAGGUCAUCUCCCAAAUCAUGGAAUGGUACCGCCCCUCCGCCGUCGUGCUCCAAUGCGGAGGCGACUCCUUGUCCGGCGACAAGAUUGGAACUUUGAACCUCUCGAUGAGAGGUCAUGCCAACUGCGUCCAAUACAUCAAGUCCUUUGGUCUGCCUCUAUUGUUGCUUGGUGGAGGUGGGUAUACGAUUCGUAACGUGUCGAGGACGUGGGCUUUUGAGACGGGUUUGGCUGCAGGGCAGGAAUUGGGUGGGAGUGAGUUCGAUUUCAAAGCGUAGUGCGUCUCGAAAAGGGGAACGGUGAACUGACCCUUGGGGUUUUCAGAUAUUCCGAUGAACGAAUACUACGAAUACUACGGCCCGACGUAUCAACUCGACGUACCGCAGUGCAACAUGGACGACCUCAACACGCGCGAGUACCUCGAGAAGAUCAAGACGCAGGUAUUUGAAACGCUGCGUCAUACGGGAGCGGCACCGAGCGUGCAGCUGCAACGUAAGUCUCAAUCUUUAUGAUCUUACUUCAUUUUACCCGGGGACUGAUACAAGUUCAUCUCGUACCCCUCAGCCAUCCCACGCACAGCCAUGGACCUCGACUCGGACGACGAAGAAGAAGACACGCGCGACCCGAACCAACGUCGUUCGCAGCACUCUCGAGACGCGCAAAUCCAACGCGAUGACGAAUUUUCGGAUUCGGAAGAUGAGGGCGAGGGUGGGAGGAAGGAUAGACAGAGUUGGCAGAGUUUAGGGACCGGUGUGAAGGUGAAUGGAUCGGUUGCUGCGGGGAGUGGGAACGGUGCGAAGAUGAUGGGUGGUGCACCUAGUAUCGAGGCGUUGACCACGCCCGGUCAGGCGGAGGCGGAGGAUGUCGAGGUACCUAAAGGUGUCCAAGGGGAAGGGGAAAACUUGACGGUCAGUGCGGCGAGGAGGACGACGGUUGCGGGGGAGGGCGAGGAUGAUGGACAAGGAGAUGUUAGUAUGAGUUAA